UCUCAUUUGAAAUCUGCCCUGUUAUAGGCAGUUGACAGUUGCCCAAACGCAGGCACAGGGAGAUGAGUUUUCUUGCGGGAAGAUUAGCAGGAAAAGAGGGUGCAUAUUUUUUCCAGGAAUCCAAACACGCCGUAAGCCGACAUGCCCUGAAAAUCGCAACCCAGAAACCUUCUUCUCUGCCUGGUCCUGGUCCUUCUUCCAACGCGGUUCAGCAAGAAGCCCAAGCGGACGUGCUUCCCGAGGUGCUGAGGCACUCUCUGCCCCCCAAGAUUUAUUACCAGCCGUCCGAUUCUUCGUCCCUAUCCACCACCUCCAAGUGGGUUCUUCAUUCGGAUCCGAGCAAAGGGUCUUCUUUGUCUUCCGAGGCUUUCAACCCGCUAAGGGCUUAUCUGUCUCUGCCUCAGGUCACCUUUGGCCCCAAAAGGUGGCAACUGCCCCAAACAGAACACUCUGUUUCGGCCUCAACAGCAAAUGAAUUGCGUCAAGACAGGCAUGCUCCCAUUAAUCCUGAAAAGUUGAAGGCUGCAGCUGAAGGGCUUAAACAAAUUGGGAAGGCAUUUGCUGUUGGUACUGUAAUUGUAUUUGGCGGUGCCACCUUGUUAUUUGGACUGGCAGUCUCAAAGCUAGAGCUGCGCACUAGUGAUGACAUUCGAACCAAAGGAAGAGACCUGGCAGAGCCGAAACUCGAGAUGAUUAAGGAGCAACUGGUUCCCUUGAAAACCUGGGCUGAUAAUAUGACAAAGAAAUGGCACUUGGAAAGGGAGGAAAAUAUUAAAGAGAAGCCUAUCAUAAAAGAGCUUUCCAAAAUUUGGGGUGCAAAGACAUCCAAUUGAUAUUUUUUUUUUUCUUUUAUAGUGGUUUUUUUUUUUUUUUUUUUUUUUUUGCGCCGGGGGUGGUGUUGAUGAAAAUAGUGUCCGAGUGAUUGUACCUCUUGCUAUGGCUGCAAGGCUUGUAGACGGAAGAAAAGGGAAAAACAAUACAAAUAUUUUUGUUGUAUGAAUAGAUGACCACUCUGGGGCAUGAUGUUGUAUAAGGGAUAUGAAUAAACUACUUGUUUGCAUUUCAGAGGAGUAGCUACUGAAUUUGCAGAUUACAGGCAUGAUGUUGUAAAUAAAAGAAUUUACAAACAUGUGUGGAUGAAGUACUGUGAUGUAUUUAAUAAAAUUCUCAAGAUCAAUUGAGUACA